CGCUACACCACCGGAAACAACCCGGUCCGACAGAGACCGACGUUUUCCUCCUGCUGUCGGUGCAAAGCUUCUGAGCUGACUAUUUAAAGAGUCCACUGAAGAGGAAGCUCCCCUUCUUGUCAGCCCACCAUGGCGGACAUCAAGAACUUCCUGUAUGCCUGGUGUGGAAAGAAGAAACUGACCCCGAGCUACGACAUCCGAGCUGCGGGGAACAAGCUCAGGCAGAAGUUCAUGUGUGAGGUUCGAGUCGAUGGCUUCAACUACACCGGGAUGGGAAACUCCACCAACAAGAAGGACGCUCAGAGCAACGCCGCCCGGGACUUUGUUAAUUAUCUGGUCCGAGUCGGAGAAAUGAGUGCAGCUGAGGUCCCGGCUCUCGGGGUCAGUUUUCCAGUUGUAGACCAACCUGGAGGAGGAGGAGAAGGAGGAGGAGGGAACAACCUUCCUCCUGGUGGUCCUCUGCCUCCUCAUCUUGUGGUCAAAGAGGAAAAAGAUGAAGGUGGGUCCGGUGGUCCGAUUCCAGGAGUGACGGGACAGGGUUACUCAGGAGGACAGUUUGGAGGAGAAGGAGUUCAGUGGGAACGAGGAGCCAACCUGAAGGAGUACUAUGAGAAGAAGGAGGAGCAGGAGGCUCAGGCGACCCUGGAGUCUGAGGAGGUGGACCUGAACGCUAGCCUCCACGGGAACUGGACCCUGGAGAACGCCAAGGCCCGUCUGAACCAGUUCUUCCAGAAGGAGAAGACCAGUGCAGAGUAUAAAUACAGCCAAGUGGGACCGGACCACAACAGGAGCUUCAUCGCAGAGAUGCAGCUGUUUGUGAGGCAGCUGGGCAGAAAGAUCACGGCUCGAGAACACGGCUCCAACAAGAAGCUGGCGGCUCAGUCCUGCGCUCUGUCCAUAGUCCGACAGCUGUACCACCUGAGAGUCAUCGAGCCGUACUCUGGAGUCACCAAGAAGAAGGAGGGAGAGACGUUGGACAUCUAUGAGGUCAACUUUUCUCCAGAACUGCAGCAGCAGCUGGCUGAGGUGGUCCAGAAUCUGGGGAUUUUGAUCCCCCCUCCUCCCUCGGACCCCAGCUGUCCAGUGUCUCUGGUUCAGGGGAAGAUGGCGUCCUUCGAGCCCUCAGAGCGGCAGAGUGUCUCCGGCGUGGUCCCCUGGUCCCCACCUCAGGUCAACUGGAACCCCUGGACCAGCUGCAACAUCGACGAGGGUCCUCUGGCCUUUUGCACUCCGGAGCAGAUCAGUGGAGACCUUCACAGUGAGCUGAUGUACCAGCUGGAACAUGACCAGAACCUGCAGACGAUCCUGUCAGAAAGAGAUCAGCUGCCCGUCAAGCAGUUCCAGGAGGAGAUCAUGGACGCCAUCGACCACAAUCCUGUGGUGAUCAUCAGAGGAGCCACGGGCUGCGGGAAGACCACGCAGGUCCCUCAGUACAUCCUGGACCGCUUCAUCAAGGGGGGCCGAGCGUCCGACUGCAACAUCGUGGUUACUCAGCCCAGACGGAUCAGCGCCGUCUCUGUGGCCGAGCGGGUCGCCUACGAGAGAGGAGAGGAUGUUGGGAAAAGCUGCGGCUACAGCGUUCGAUUCGAGUCCAUCUUGCCUCGACCGCACGCCAGCAUCCUGUUCUGCACCGUCGGUGUUCUGUUGAGAAAACUGGAAGCAGGAAUCCGAGGAAUCAGUCACGUCAUCGUUGAUGAGAUCCACGAGAGAGACAUCAAUACGGAUUUCCUCAUGGUGGUCCUCAGGGACGUGGUUCAGGCCUUCCCCGAGGUCCGUGUCAUCCUGAUGUCAGCCACCAUCGACACCAGCAUGUUCCGACAGUAUUUCUUCGACUGUCCCGUCAUCGAGGUGUUCGGACGCACCUUCCCUGUUCAAGAGUACUUCCUGGAGGAUUGUAUCCAGAUGACCAACUUUGUUCCUCCACCCAAUGACCGAAAGAAGAGAGACAGAGACGAGGAAGGAGGGGAUGAUGAUACCAACUGUAACCUGAUCUGUGGGCCAGAAUACACGGCAGAGGCGAAGCGCUCCAUGGCUCAGAUCAACGAGAAGGAGAUGUCCUUCGAGCUGGUGGAGGCUCUGCUGAAGUACAUUGAGACGCUGAAGGUGGCUGGAGCGGUCCUGGUCUUCCUGCCGGGCUGGAACCUGAUCUACGCCAUGCAGAGACACCUGGAGACCAGCCCACACUUCGGAACUAGCCGGUACCGGAUCCUGCCGCUGCACUCUCAGAUCCCCCGGGAGGAGCAGAGGAGGGUGUUUGAACCGGUUCCUGAGGACGUCACCAAGGUGAUUCUGUCCACCAACAUCGCAGAGACCAGCAUCACCAUCAACGACGUGGUCUAUGUCAUCGACUCCUGCAAGCAGAAGGUGAAGCUCUUCACGUCCCACAACAACAUGACCAACUACGCCACGGUCUGGGCCUCCAAGACCAACCUGGAGCAGAGGAAGGGUCGAGCCGGCAGAGUCCGGCCCGGGUUCUGCUUCCACCUGUGCAGCCGGGCUCGGUUCGAGAGGCUGGAGACCCACAUGACCCCGGAGAUCUUCAGGACUCCGCUGCACGAAGUGGCUCUGAGCAUCAAGCUGCUGAGGCUCGGUGCCAUCGGACACUUCCUGUCCAAGGCCAUCGAGCCGCCGCCGCUGGACGCCGUCAUCGAGGCCGAGUACACUCUGAGAGAACUGGACGCUCUGGACUCUAAUGAUGAGCUGACCCCUCUGGGCCGGAUUCUGGCCCGGCUGCCCAUCGAGCCUCGGCUGGGGAAGAUGAUGAUCAUGGGCUGCAUCUUCCACGUGGGAGAUGCCAUGUGCACCAUCUCAGCCGCCUCCUGCUUCCCUGAACCCUUCGUCAACGAGGGGAGACGCCUCGGCUUCGUCCACAGGAACUUCUCCGGGACUCGUUUCUCGGAUCACGUGGCGCUGCUGUCUGUGUUCCAGGCCUGGGACGACGUCAGGGUCAACGGCGAGGACGCUGAAACUGCUUUCUGUGAUCACAAACGUCUCAACAUGUCCACUCUGAGGAUGACCUGGGAGGCCAAAGUCCAGCUGAAGGAGAUCCUGGUGAACUCUGGAUUCCCUGAAGAGUGCCUGAUGACGCAGAUGUUCAACACCGUGGGACCAGACAACAACCUGGACGUGGUGGUCUCUCUGCUGACCUACGGCUCGUACCCCAACGUGUGCUACCACAAGGAGAAGAGGAAGAUCCUGACCACCGAGGGCCGCAACGCGCUCAUCCACAAAUCCUCCGUCAACUGUCCCUUCAGCAGCCAAGACAUCAAGUACCCCUCGCCGUUCUUCGUCUUCUCCGAGAAGAUCCGAACCAGAGCCAUCUCAGCUAAAGGGAUGACCAUGGUGAGUCCACUGCAGCUGCUGCUGUUCGCCAGCAAGAAGAUCAACUCCAACAGAGACGUGGUGGAGCUGGACGACUGGAUCAAGCUGAGGGUUCCUCAUGAGGUGGCAGGUGGCGUGGCAGCUCUGCGGGCCGGACUCGAGGGUCUGGUGGUGGAAGUUACCAAAGACCCUGAGUACAUCAACCAGUUGGACCAGAGCAACCAGCAGCUGCUGAACAUGAUAAGACAGGUGUCCAAACCCUCCUCAGCUGGGAUCAACCUGAUGGCCUGCAACCAAAGGAUGGGAGACGGUCCUAGGCCUCCGAAAAUGGCCCGCUUUGACGGGGGAGGAAGAGGAGGAAGAGGGUAUCAGGGUGGGGGAGGGGGUUACAGAGGAGGGGGAGGUUAUCGAGGAGGAGGAGGGUACAGAGGAGGUGGUGGGUAUGGAGGAGGGGGAGGAUACAGAGGGGGAGGAGGAUACAGGGGAGGGGGUGGCUAUGGAGGAGGAGGAGGAGGAGGGUACAGGGGAGGGGGUGGCUAUGGAGGAGGAGGAGGGUAUAGGGGAGGUGGAGGGGGAGGUGGUGGCUACAGAGGAGGAUAUUAAACCUCCUGAGGAGCUACUGCCAGGAAACAGUUAUUUUUUGUUUGAAACAGGAAGUGAUGUCAGAAUGGAGCAGCUGUAAAGUGAUGACAGUAGUUUCUGCUCAGUUGUUUUUGUUUUUAUUGUGUUAAAGAUGUAAACGUUCCAAAUAAAUAUUUCAUCUUUGUCUUCAA